GCUUGUAAGUAUCUUUUUAGCUUAUGUAUGUAUUUGGUAAAAAUUAAAGUGCUUAUAAGCCGAGUGUUUAUAAGUCAAAAUCAACUAAAAGUCAUACGAUAGCCAUUUUCAACUUAUGACUUUUCAGAUUAUAAACACUUUUGGUUUGACUAAGUAUUUUAUUAUGUUAUCCUUAAUUGUGUAUUUAUAAAAUAGAUUUCUACACUUAAAACUGCUUUUCCGCACUUAAAAGCCUAUCACUUAUUUACAAUCGGGCUCAACAAAACUCAUAUAGAGCCCGUUUGGCUUAGCUUAUAAGUUGCUGAAGAUAGCUUUUCUGAGUGCUGGACUGACCAGUUUAUAAGUUAUUUUGUGCUUAAAAUAAAGAGAAUCCUUUGUUCUAUGACUAAUAACACUCACAAUGAAAUCACUGUUAGACUGCGUCAAAUUUCAAACCCAUAUCAUUAAAUCCGGUCUAACCCCAACAAUCAUUGACGUCAACCAUCUUAUCCACAUAUACUCAAAGCAUUCUCUUAUUAAAGAUGUCCAAAAACUGUUCGACGAAAUGCCUGAAAGAAACGUUUUCACUUGGAAUGCUAUUAUAAACACUUAUGUUAAAGAUAGAAACUUUGCUCAAGCAAGAAAACUUUUUAAUACUGCUCCCUUAAAGGAUUGUGUCACCUACAACACAAUGUUGUCUGGUUAUGUCAAUUGUGAAGGAUUUCAAGAUCAAGCAGUUAGAUUAUUCGCCGAAAUGCAAUUUGUUGACAAAGUAUCUGAAUAUGCCUUGACUACUAUGGUUGGUUUAGUAACAAAGUUGAGUCUUUCGUUGUAUGGUAGGCAAUUGCAUUCAUAUAUGUUGAAGAGUGGGAAUAGUAUAAGUAGGUAUGCACUGAGUUCUUUGAUUGUUAUGUAUUCGAAAUGCGGGUGUUUUAAAGAUUCUUGGAGGGUCUUUGAUGGAUCUGAUGUUGGGUUUGUUGACACGGUUUCGAAGAAUGCUAUGGUGGCAGCUUGUUUUAGAGAAGGUGAAUUGGAAAUGGCUCGGUGUGUGUUUUGGAGUAUGCCACAGUUGAAUGAUGAAGUUUCUUGGAACACAAUGAUUUCGGGUUUUGCCCAAAAUGGGUAUGAAGAGGAGGCCAUCGAGUUGUUUAGGAGCAUGGUGGAGGAGGGAUUUUUAUGGAACGAACACAGUUUUUCUAGCGUUAUAAGUGCUUGUUCUGGCGCGAAGAAUUUGAAACUUGGGAAGGAGAUUCAUGCUUUGAUAUUGAAGGAAGGGAUGAGUUUGAAUCCAUUUCUUAGCAGUAGUUUGGUUAAUCUUUAUUGCAAGUGUGGUCUCUUGGAUUAUGCACAUUCUGUUUGUACAACUACUCAGAAAGAGAACCCUUUUGCCGUUACACCAUUAAUUGUAGGAUAUUCUGGAAUGGGUAAUAUGUUAGAAGCAAGAAGGCUUUUUGACUCAUUGCCUGAUAAGAAUCAUGUUGUAUGGACUGCUAUGAUAUCUGGAUACGUGAAAGCGCAUCAAUGUGAAGAUGCUUUUCAGCUUUUCAGAGAAUUAAUUACACAGGAAACAACUGUUCCUGAUGAGCUGAUCUUUAUAAACCUGCUUGGUGCAUGCGCCAUACAUGCAACCUUUAAUUACGGAAAGCAAAUACACUCCUAUAUACUGAAAACUGGCACUGCAAUGGAUACUAAGUUGGCAAAUUCAGUGGUUGAUAUGUACUCAAAAAGUGGAAAUGUAACAUAUGCACAGAGGGUUUUUCAAUUGACUGUUGAUAGAGAUUCAAUCCUUUACAAUAGUAUGAUAGCUGGUUAUGGUCUCCAUGGGUAUGAAAAUGAAGCUAUUCAGCUUUUCAGUGAGAUGACAGAUCGAGGUUUCCAACCUGAUGAAGUCACAUUCCUUGCCCUUCUAUCAGUUUGCCGGCACCGUGGAUUAGUAAAAAUGGGAGAAAAGUAUUUCUUUUCCAUGUCCAAAGAUUACAAAAUAUCACCUGGAACUGACCACUAUGCAAGUAUGAUAGAUUUGUAUGGAAGGGCAAAUCAACUUGACAAGGCAGUAAGAUUAAUGGAAAGUUUGCCUGUCGAACCAGAUGCUGUAAUUCUGGGUGCAUUUCUAAAUGCUUGCAAAAUGAACAGAAAUGCUGAACUUGCAAAAACUGCAGAGGAUAAGCUCUUGCUAAUUGAAGGAGGGAACGGAUCUAGAUAUGCUCAGUUGGCUGGCAUCUAUGCCUCGGAAGGGAAAUGGAAUGAGAUGGGAAGGGUAAUGAAAAUGAUGAGAGGAAGAGAAGCCAAGAAAACUGCUGGUUGCAGUUGGCUAUAUGUAGGAGACACAGUUCAUACCUUUAUCUCUGGUGACAGAUCUCACUCAGACAAUGAUGCCAUAUAUACUAUUUUAGGAUGUUUGAUCAAAGAAUUAACUAAACUGUCAGCCACUAUAUUGUUAGAAGAAGAGAUGUGCACAUUCCGUUGAUUAAUGUCGAUUCAGAUCAUUGACUUACUUCCUUUUCUAUUUAUGUGCCUUUGGCUGGAGGGUGGAGCUCUAAUCGAUCAUGUCCAUCCUAUUCCCUUGAGUUUUUUGGUUAUACAAAUGGAGAUGAGUUCACAGAUAUUGUUGGGCGUACAAGUUUGAGUAAACAAAUUUCGGCAAGCUUUACAAAGUCAUAGAUUUUCUGAUGUUAUUCCGGUUCUCAGUUGCAGCUAAGUGUAAACCAACCAUCUAGCGCUCGACUAAAGAUAAAAGGGGUAAAUAAAAAUACCAGAUAGAACUUUGUCUGCUGUGAGUUGUCUGCUGCCUAUCGCUACCCAAUUUUAUACAUGCAUGUUCUAAUUUAUGGCCUCUUUGCAAGGUCCUGAGGUUAAGGAGAAAUUAUGGAUCACAAAUGUUCAGACUGGUCUUUUCGUGUUGUCGUCUCAGAGGAAAGAUAUGGUUGAGUACUUCAGAGAGCAGCUUUUUGAUUUUGCCUUCAUUGCUAAUGGAUGGCUUCAAUGUUACGGAUCUCAAUGUGUAAAGUGACCUAUCAUCUAUGGGUAUGUGAGCCGUCUGAAGCCAGCUACUGUCUUAUGGUCCUCAACAGCUCAAACCAUAACCAAUAGGCCAAUAAAGGGAGUGCUUACAGGCCCUGUCACCGGUCUCAACUGGUCUUUUGUUAGAAUGAGCAGCCAAGAUUGCUUUGGCCAUUAGGGAUGAAAUAGAGGAUUUGGAAAAGGCAAGAAUCGAUGCGAUCCCAAUUGAUGAUAUUUCUUUGAGAGAGGCUUGCCUUGAGAAGUAUGAACAUGAUUCGACUUGAAGUGGGUUGUCCGCUGCUUCAGAACACUACACAGCUCCCGUUUUCUCAUCUUGUUGGAACUUCUUUUAACUGUACAUGCUUGUAGUGAGUUUAUCUUUUGUGACUGGCAAAUCCACACUCUUAUGGGCUACUCAAACUUCAAUAAUUUUAUCCACUCAAUCACCAUAGAUAUUGAUCUGAUCACUAUUGAGAGCUAUGGACUGAUGGGAAGCUAGUUUUCAGGAAGGGAGUGAAGUAUGGAGCUGGUGUUGGCCCAGGGUCUGUGACAUCCACCCUCCAGGAAUACUGUCCAUGUAAACGAUGCAUAUAGAACUAGCAAAAUGCUUGCAGUACUUGACAUCAAACAUCUUGCUGUCCUAAUUGUGCAACGAUUGAUGUGAAUCAGCGUGCAGUGCUCUUCUAUGGUGUUACGUGAUUGUGUGUUCAUAAAGAAAGAAGAGAUAUUGAAGAAGAGAGAAGAAAGGCCAGCUAAGGUGUGUCUGCAUACUGUAGAUGUGCUAGCUUCUAUCUGCUUGAACCAGAUCAUUGACGCAUUUGUAUAAUGUCCUGAGAAGUUAGAUGAAAUAUGUUAUCAUGGAUUCAUCAGCUCGUGAUCAACUAGUACUCAAGUGGCGGUGGGCAAACAAAGGGACAUGCAAUGGCAAUUUAGAGGAUGUAAUAGAUAUAUCCCAUUGGAAAAUAUCUUCUCGAGUUAAAUCUUUUAUCUUCUAACUGUGCAAACAAUAAGAACAACGAUGCCAUACAUAUGCACAGGCAUCAUUCAUCUAGUAUAUUUACCAGUCUUAGCUAAAGAUCAUUCGGUAAUAAAAAGAGGUCAAUUCCAUAUGAUAUGAUGAUAAUGAUUGAUUAUUCUUUUCUAUAGCGUACCACCCUAUACAGAAUUCUAUUGCCAUAUCCAUACGAUUGAGGUGCAUAUUUCUGUCUAGAAUACGCAAAUUGUACUAGUUGGGCACUAGAAUUAUUUG